AUUCAAAUGUGAAGUUAUGUAACAAAAAUAUUUAACGAAUAAAAUACUCAUGUACGAAAACUUUAAGUAACUCGAUUAAGCAUACAAGGCAGAAGAUUUUAAAAUUAUUGGCUUUACAUUUUAAUUACACAAUUUCCGUAACAUAACAUUGUCCAAAAAUGUUAAUGAAUUGGGAAAUUAUCGUAUUAAUUAUAGCAACUGUUUCCUUAUCUUAUUUCUCGACUGCUGAGAAAGAAUUAGAAUAUGCUUGUUAUAAUUGCCAUACUACCAAGUGUUUAGACGAUCCACUUUGUCAGCCAAAAUCAUUAUGCCGAAAUGUAAUUGACAUACCACUAACCGAAAGCCAAAAAGCUACUCUACUCCAAACACACAACGAACUACGUAGUAAAGUCGCAUUAGGUCAACAAGAAGGUCAACCAAGCGCUGCUGAUAUGAUGGAAUUCGUUUGGGAUGAUGAGCUAGCAAAUAUGGCACAAUGUUUUGCAAAUGAAUGUGAUUUUGAUCAUUAUCGUUGUUCUCUAGCUAACCGUGGGGAAUUUGGACAAAAUAUUUAUGGCGUAUGGUAUUCACCAAAUCCACCCACAGACUUAGACUAUGAGGAACCAGUAAUAGGUUGGUUUGAGGAAGUCGAAAUUUUUCCAACAAAAUAUAUUGAUAAUUUUGUAUUUGAAGAAGAUAAUGGAUAUGGGCAUUAUUCCCAAUUAAUUUGGGGUAAUACGACGGUAGUUGGUUGUGCAGCUGUCCUGUUUCAAGAUGUUGAUGACUGGUGGGCACAUCAAACAUAUUGUAAUUAUUUUCCGUCGGGUAACUAUGAAUUUCGUCCUGUGUAUCAGACUGGUAAACCAGCGUCUAAAUGUCCCCAUGGCAAAUCGCGUCAUUAUCAGGGCUUAUGCAAGCCGGUAGUAUAGGAAAGUGGCCAACAAAAUAAUUAUGUGCCAAGAGUAAGGACUGUAGAAUUUUUGCCGAGUACUGAUGCUCUUGCGUUGCUCUAAUACACUUUACUUUAAAUUCGGCAAAUAGUUUGUAUACCCCACACCAAAUUACAUUUCACAGAAGAAUGCUUUGCGAAUAGGGAAUAUGCAUUAAAUUUUUUCGCAUUUGUUGACUAAAUUUGAAAAUACUGUAAAAGAGGUGACAAAAAGUGAAAUUAAUAUACAAAUCGGUCAAGAAAUACGGAUUAUAUAAGCAUUUUAGACUACUAAUUAUGAUAGCUAAUAGUGAGAUGAGACAUAGUAUUUGAUCAUGUCUCAUGUCUAAUAUGGGUAUAAUGUUUGCAUAUAUAUAUUUUGCUAGAAAGAGCUACAAACAAAUCUUUUGUGGCUUUUAUCUUGGUUAUUCUUAUAGUUAUUUGAAAAAUAGUCUUUUCUCAUGGUAUUAUAGUAUUAGGAAAUUCGAUUGUUCAAGCCCUUCUUGAAUUUUAAAAUAUUGAAGGACACAUUAUUUUGAAUAUCGGUCAUACUUUCCAGAAGUGUAUUGACUUUUCUGAAGGCUUAAGAAGGCUGAAUCUUGAACGCUUAAGAAUUUUUCCAAGCAAGUUUAAGAAAAUCCAAAGAUUACGUGAUUUGUAAAGCCACCCUUUGCAACCUACAAUUUUGAAUGAUGAUGGUAAAUGUAAGAAAUCCAACAAAGUAAUUUUUAUUGUAUUUUUAAUUUUUAAUAUUAA